AUGGACUUCCAAGACACUCGUCGACCAUCGUCGUCAACGUCCUCUAUUACAUCUACUUCAACGUGGGCUUCACACGACGAUCCCUCACCCCUAGCAACCUCACGUCGCUCAUCUCUACGAUUUUUCACGUAUCUGCGCCAACGACAACCAAGUACAACGUCGACAUCAAGUCGCACCUGUGAGGGAAUGAGCACCGAAGAGACGCGCGAGCUCUGGCGCUGCAUGUUGGAGCUGCAGCAGCUAUAUGGAUGUUACAACUCUACGAGAAUAGACUUGGCGGUAAAUGCGGGUGAAGCUGGAAUCGACCUGAUGCCCAAUCCAUUCAUCAUCGACACACUCAACGACUCUCUAGUUGACCUCCCCGAAGAAGGAUGGGACAUGCUGGACCGCUGUUUACAAACCGCGAGAAAACCAUCACCGCGGCCAAAGUCCAAGUGCCAAAACAAGGUCUGGGGUGCCUAA